AUGUCUCUUUCGGAUCCUGGUUAUCUUUUGGAGAUUCAGCGGGAAAAGGAUGCAAAAAUGCCUGCUUGUCGAUGUUCGAAUUGUGACCCUCAAGGAGCUGCUCAAAUCAUUCGACUGCUUCCACAAACAAAAUCGGCCGAUUUGAAUGCUCUGCUUUCGUCUUUUCCAUCUGAGCCAGAAGACGAAUCACUACUCAAUAUUCCAAGGAGCAGCAGGAAGCGAAAAUUUUCCAGCAACAUUCCACUUGUAUGCAAGUGGAAUGACCCAAUCCGACUGGAUGUAUCAAUCAUUGAUCUUACAGUUUCCAUUCUUGGAAAUUACGAAAUUCUUUUCAAGAAAACAUACCCAACUGAUCCACCCUAUCUACCUGAAACUCUUUUCAACCGUGAGCAUGCUUGGCAGAUUGCUAAGAAUUACACCUCAGCUUCAAAUGGACACUUUCUGCGAGAGAUCCUUGGAGGACAAACCAUACCUGGACUCUUUGAAAUGAUCACGACAAGUAUUAAUUCUUGGCUUAAUAGUGACUCCUACAAACUACAUCAAUCCGAACUUGAAGAUAUUCAGAUUGAAAUCGAUCAAGAAUUCCUUAACAAAGAACUUAUUGAACAGGAACACAAGGAGGAAUUACGAAUGAGGGCUGUUGCAAAAGAUCUCAAAGCUGAAGGCAUUGCAAAUCAAAAGCAGCUACGCGCCGAAAAGGCUUCACAAGCUUUGAAAUUGAAAGAACAAAAACAAGCCGAUAAAAAUAAAUCAAUUUCUCAUUUUACGAGUACAUCAGGUUCACUUUGA